GUAGCCACCAAGCCCCGCCCCCGACCCUUCGUUACUCUGGUUACGGCGAAGCUCCUCCAGUCUGCUUCUCCACCGUCUCCGCCCAAACCAACGAAAGAGAGGACUUGCAGCAAGGCAAGUCUUUAACCCUCCGGCUGUACCCCACCGACGGUAAAAGCUCCGCUUGGUCCUAGACCGGAAUGGUCCAGCGUGAGCGAGCCCCGCCGCCCCUAGCCCUUCAGGUGUUCCGAUUCUCCUGGUGACUUCCCCUGAAUACCUCGGAGCCUGAGCAAGGCGGUGAUGCUCGAACAGUGGUGUCCUCAUUCCAGAGGCCCAGCACGCCCACAGCCAUUGCCCAGCCGGUGCGUGGCCAGCACUCUAAGCCGAGGCGUCCUCCUUAGGUAGGGCGAAGAGCUCGCGUGUGUCGGGCUCCCACGCAGCGCCACGGACAUCCUACCCGCUCCACCACACCUGAACUCGAAGGACCGCUGUCUGAUGCUGCUGAUACUCAGGGCUGCGAGGACACUUUAUUGUCUGUUUUUAUGUCUCUAGCUUUUCUACAAACUGUAACGUCGUGCAUGGGAGCUUGGGACCCUCGGGCUACUAGGACACUUGGCUGGAGCUCUGUCAGUAACACUCUUUGGUUUUGACAGGCAAUUUAACGGGCCGAACACGCUGCUGAUAGGGAGAAAGAAGUUUCACUGCGACCACUUUCCCCCAAACUACUGUCUACCAUGUGGACUUUUCUGGGCAUUGCCACUUUCACCUAUUUUUAUAAGAAAUGUGGGGAUUUUGUAUCUUAUGCCAACAAGGAGCUGUUCUUGUGCGUGCUGGUCUUUUUUUCUUUGGGCAUGGUGCUGUCUUACCGAUACCAUUAUCGGAAUGGAGGACUUCAUAGGCAACAACAAAAAAAGUCCCAAUAUGGGAUUUUGUCUGAUAUUCUUUUGUCUUUGCCGUUUGUUGGAUUUUUCUGGACAAAAUCGCCAUCCGGGGCAGCACACAAGGAGCAACUAAAAUCCAGGAAGGGCAAAAAGGAAGUUGAUGCUCCAGAGACAACCCUAUUGGGAACAGUUUCAUCAGUGACUUCUGAGUAUGACCCAGAAGUUAUUAUUGUGGGGUCAGGUGUACUUGGAUCUGCUUUGGCUGCAGUACUAGCUAGAGAUGGAAGAAAGGUGACAGUAAUUGAGAGAGAUUUAAAAGAGCCAGACAGGAUACUUGGAGAAUUGCUACAGCCAGGAGGGUUUUGUGCUCUUAAGGAUCUGGGUCUUGAAGGUGUGGUGGAAGGCCUUGAUGCCCAUGUUGUCAAUGGUUAUGUCAUUCAUAACCAGGGGUGCAGAGAGGAAGUCGAAGUGCCAUUCCCUCGCUCAGCAGACAGUCGGGUGCAGAGUGGCCGAGCAUUUCAUCAUGGACGCUUCAUCAUGAAUCUCCGAAGGGCAGCUAUGGCAGAACCCAAUACAAAGUACAUUGAAGGAGUUGUGUUGAAACUGUUGGAGGAGGAGGAUGUUGUGGUGGGAGUUCAGUACAAAGAUAAAGAAACUGGAGACAUCAAGGAACUCCGUGCACCAUUGACAGUUGUUGCAGAUGGGCUUUUCUCCAAGUUCAGGAAAAAUUUGGUCUCCAAUAAAGUGUCGAUCACAUCCCAUUUUGUUGGCUUCCUUAUGAAGGAUGCACCACAAUUUAAAGCAAAUUUUGCUGAACUCAUUUUAGCAGAUCCUAGUCCAGUGCUCAUCUACCAGAUUUCAUCCAAUGAAACUCGGGUUCUUGUUGAUAUCCGUGGAGAAAUGCCAAGAGAUUUAAGAGAUUAUAUGAUAGAGAAAGUUUAUCCACAGUUGCCUGAUCACAUAAGAGAACCGUUCCUAGAGGGAAUUCAGAAUGAUCGCUUGAGGUCUAUGCCUGCAAGUUUCCUUCCUCCUUCACCAGUAAACAAACGAGGUGUUCUUCUUUUGGGAGAUGCCUAUAAUAUACGACAUCCUCUUACCGGUGGGGGAAUGAGUGUUGUUUUCAAUGAUAUAAAAAUCUGGAGGAAGUUGCUGAAGAGCAUCCCUGAUCUUUAUGAUGAGAGAGCGCUUCUCCAGGCCCAAAAUUCAUUCUAUCGGUCAAGAAGAAAAUCUCAUUCAUUUGUUGUGAAUGUUCUUGCUCAGGCUCUUUAUGAAUUAUUUUCUGCCUCAGAUGCAUCUCUGCAUCAGUUAAGAAGAGCCUGUUUUUUUUACUUCAAGCUUGGUGGAAACUGUAUUUCUGGUCCAGUUGGAUUGCUUUCUGUAUUGUCACCUAAUCCCAUGACUCUCAUUGGACAUUUCUUUGCUGUUGCAUUAUAUGCUGUUUACUUUUGUUUUAAGUCAGAACCCUGGAUUACAAAACCACGAGCCUUCUUCAGUAGUGGUGCUGUCUUUUACAAAGCUUGCUGUGUCAUAUUUCCUCUCAUUUAUUCAGAAAUUAAAUACUUACAUUAAAGUUAAGGGAAGACCAUUGGAGAAGGAAUGAAUACACGAAACUUGCCAAGCCUUAAGAGACUUUUGGGAUGACAUGUACUACUGAAUGCCAUACUGUUACUAAAACAGAGACACAUGGAUCCAAGAUGGGGAUUAAUUUGUUUUUGAUCUUCUUUGUAUGUAAACUGUUGUAAAGAAAUGUUUUACUUUGUGAUUAAAAUGAAGACUGUUAGAUAUCUGAGAAAUGCUUGUUAAAUCACAAAUCAGUUUGAAGUCCUAAUAGUGAGAACAUGUUUUCUUUUGGGAUCCAUUAUGUUUCGUAUGUGAAAAAGUUGGUGAUGCAAAUAAACUAAAUGAUCAUUGAAAUCUUA